CUCAUGGACCCCACAGUACCCUUACUAACCCCCCCGCCACCAUCGCGCAUUGGACGUGACCCUGUAGCCACCCGGUAGCCAUCCCGUGACAACCAGAACCUAAGGCCAAGCAGGGGCCGGCCGGCAAGGUGUAACACAACAACAGGUUCCAUUUCCAGAACCCAGUUCCCAAACCCAGAUCCACGACAAUCUCAACCACUCUAAUCCCCGCGCCGCAAACAACUUGCCAUGAGUCCGUGAGGGAUUCUCUCUCCGCUUGGACCGGCAUUCACUCCCUCUAUCCUCGACAUCCUGCGUCCUUGGUCUCGCCCGCCGUCUCGCUCAACCUUAGACCUUCGACCUCCCGGCUCCCAUCCCCCGAGAUCGCCCUCGCCCCCGAAACAAGAAAAUGCUGCACCGCUCUCCCGGUCACCAGUGACGACAAAGCCUGCCUCCCAUCAGCGAGCGCGACACUGGCAUGUGGUGAAGCUUACGCGCAAUGACGGACAAGCGUAGCCCGUCAACUCUCGCUGCGUAUGGGAGACGUGAUGGCCCAGUGACGCCUGAGAUUCCCACUAGGUUCAGCUACGACCACGCCUCGAGGGCCGAGCCCGCCACCAUCGGCGCCCUGCUCAAUGCUCCCACGUCCCCCGAACGGCCUCUCGCCUUCUCCGACGACGAGCUUCUCCCGCGCUUCAACCUCAAGGCCCGCGACCCCGGCCAGAGCAGCGGCCAGAGCAGCGGCCAGAAUGCUGGCCGAGCGAGACGCAUGAGGCGCACCCACAAGGCUCAACCCAGCGGUGCCUUCCUCCUGCAGGAUGCCGUGGUCGGCGACGAUGAUUAUAACCAGUCACGGCGUCCUCGAAACAGGUCGCAGCAGAGGCCAAAGGAUGCACUGGAACCCCUUUCGACAAGCGCCCCCCGAGAUUUCGGCCUGGGCAUGAAUCCUGGGGGCAGCAGGAACCGGACCCGGAUUGUUUCCCCUGAUACAUCCCAGGAAGAGCUGUUCCUCAAAAAGCGAGAUGGCCACGCUCGCAGACCGCGUGCCUCCCAGCAGGCCUCUACUGCCCUCGACGUCGACUCUACCCAGAUUGUCAAUAUGGCCUUGAAUCUUAGCGAGUCAAGGCGUAUAGCAUCGCGACGCAACAUCACCCGGACCAACCCACCUCGAUUGACCCCGGUACAAGACGCACCCGCCGGAGGCAAUCUCAAAGCCCACCUCCAACAACAACGAAAAACGACACGAAAUAUAUCUCCCAAGCCACCCCAGGCUUUGAACCCCCGGCUUUCUGGUGUCAGGUCAAGCAGCCCCCUCCGUCCCCCGUUCGACACAGGAAACGAAGGCCCCUACCGAUACCACUUCUCAACAUCAACUCUGGCAAGAGCUCAAAAGGCUCGCGAGCAUCUCGAGCUCAUGUCACAGUACAGACGUCUGCUGGAGGUUCUCCCUCCCCUGAAAAUGGGACCCGAUCGACCCUCGGCUACUAGCCCACCAAGCUCUCCUAUUAACGGAAAAUUGACCAAGUUCGGGUCGACAGAGCCUAUACUGUCUGGUGGGCGAGAGUACAAUCCCUUGCAAUACAUCCGAAACCGAAAAGUUCGAGCGAGAGAAAGACUGGUCAUAGACGGUGACACGCAAGGAUUUAGUGACGUUGAGUCAGUUAAGAUGUGGGUUGAGAAGGCAUCGCAGCGAGCAACUACUCUAGAGGUCCUUUCUGGAGAUGACAGCUCCAUUUUACCCCCCUUUCCUUCUGCCGACGAAGUUGAGUCUCAACUGUCACUGGAUUCUGCCCCUAAAGCAGCUCUUCGAGUACGCCGCCCCCGAGUUGAUUGGUUCUUCGAGCCGUGCGACAUGAUAGCGGAUGCUUAUUGGGUGGAACGGGAUCAUCACAAGCAACUCAUUGAGGACCGCAAUUGGUUCAAGAUCUUUCCUGAAGGGGCAGUUCUGAGCCGGCCAAUGUCGCAGCAAACAGAUGAACUUGGGACCGGCGUGACCCCGUUCCCUACCAACACUCUGGAAGACGCCGAGCCGACUUUCGAUCCAAAAGAUCAAAAACUUUUUAGACCCGACACAGUUCACUCGCAGGGUAGCACAAAGGAACGGGCGAAGCAAAAGCUCCAUGAUAUUAGUGGCGGUUUCCAUAGACAUUCUGCUUCGACCCACAGCCAUCACUUGCGGAUGAGAAGAGACUCCUUCUCUGACUCUGGUAGCGACAACGAAAUCAAGAGCGAGGGCAAGCCGAAGCGGUUCCGACAAACCCGAGCCGGAACUAUUUCUAGCCACACCAACGACCUGCUUGAGAAGCAGAUGCUAGAGAUGAUUGCCCAAGAAGCCAAGCAACGACUCUCCCAUGUUACCGAGAACGAGGCCGAGUAUAUGCAAGCUGGGAGCUCUACAACACCAGAGCACAGUUUGCAUUCGAAGCGAAACAGUAAUAGGAAGUGGUCCCUUACAGAUCCAAGUGAUUCUGACCACCGAUCUCUCCGUGAAAGAGCUCAAAUGGAGUCUUUGCCCGGGUACCAACUUGAGAAAGUCGAUAGCGGAGGCUUGAGACGUCCAAGACAGUUCUUGGACGAUGCUGAUUCGCCUCAACCAAUGUCCCCGGAACUGAACCCGAUUCCGUACACCCUCCCUGGUCUACCGCCCGGCUUGGAAUUAUCUGCACCGUCUAGCCGCGCCUCAUCCCCAUCCAGGAAUCCCUUCUCCAAAGUGAAGCGGGCCUUCCGUGAGAAGGGUCGUGAGGAGGCCCCUGAGCCCCAACUAUACGAAGCCGAAGAUUCAGAUAACCGGUCUUCUGUUCCUGAGCCCAACUCUGUCGAGGGCAGGACUUGGCCGGAACGGCUUCCUUCCACUUCCCGGCCCGCUCUGGACGGCCACAAGCAUCACCGCAGUACUAGUGUAAGGCUCAGGAGCGACGAUCAAAUCGGAUUGCGCGGAAUGUUCAAGGGACCUCGGAUUGACACAGUGAUCCGUGGUGGGGUUUCAAGGCUGGGCGACAUGCUGUGGAAGAAGGACAGCGCAUUUGAUACUCCACCUGAAGCAUUCUCCGAUGAGUCUGAGAGCGAGCAGCAAAGGGGACGCGCAAGGCUCUCCCUCACUCUGUCUCGAACAAACUCCAAACGGAACAAUGAGCCUCAACAGAACCAAAAGCAUUUCCUGGACACGAUGCCUCAAUUCCAGCCUGUGUCAGAGGUAUAUGGAAAGCCUAGCAUGGCUCGGGCACCGGAGAGCGGCAUACAGAGCGCUCAGUCAUCUCGUCUAAAUCUUAUCAAGCCCUCAGGAUUGGAUGUGCCGAACACUACAGCCUCUGCACCCCGUCGUACAGUCGAGGAAGUUCUGGCCGCCAACGUCGAAGCAUCAGAAUCAGAGUCGUUCCAAGAAAGCGCGCCAGACGGCUCUCGAGCUGGAGACAAGAUGCCCAAGACAGUGACACCAAUGGUCAGGUUCAACGAGCCCGACAACUUUAGGAGUCGAAAGUGGUCGAUUGUCGAUCAGAUCCACCCGGGAGAGGGCCAGUUCUCAAAGCGAGAAAUUGCCCGAUUACGAACCCUUAUUUUGACCUCUGGUAUCAAGGCCAUGGAAAUAGCUCGUCGAGCCCAAGAGGCCAAGAAGCCUCUCGCCAGGGGUAGUUUGUUAGCUCCAGGCCUAUCUGCACGGUCCAAUAUUGCAGGUGUGCCGUGGGCAGAAAUCGCGAAGCUUACGCCCAAAGCUUCAUUGCCGUCUGAUCAGGAGAUUCCAUACCGCGACCACUACCCCCUGGCGAGCCAAACGCUAAGAAUUGCAAUUGAAACAGAGGUCGAGCGGUGGCAAAUGUCGUCAGAUACUUUCACCGGUCAAACACGGCCGAAACUGGAAGAGCGUAUCUGGUGUGUCCGCUCUCGCAUUGCAGAUGAGCUCUCGGGCAUGACCGGAGAGGCAGCGGACCAAGCUGAUGAAACUGGCAAGGAUCUGGCCCUGGGGCAGUUGCUCAAGAUCAAGCGGGUUAUUGACUUGAUCGAGGAGCUCAGUCGGAACCGACGCAGACGAUUCAGAUGGCUUCGCCGCGGCAUGUGGUCGAUUGUUGAGUGGGUGCUCGUCGGGUUCAUGUGGUACGUCUGGUUCGUCGUCACUAUCUUCCGGAUCAUCCUGGGACUGGGACAAGGCGCAUGGAGUGGCGUUAGGUGGCUGCUAUGGUUGUAGAGCACGCGAGAGUGUGCGAGAGGAGAUGAAGCAACGAGUUGAUGAGCAUGCGAUACAGCGUGGCGCAUUGCUGGGCGUAUACUUUUUAUGCGUGGGGUUGAAUGCGUUCUCUCGUAGUCCCCUUCACCCCGACCAUCAUUAUUCUCAUUUUUAUUGGAUACCUCACUCAACUGGGAGUCUGGUUUUGAUACCCCUAUGUAUUCGAGGAAGGGAGUGGAGGAAGCAGCAUGGCAUCUGGCAUUGGCAUUGGCAUAGCGUAACGCGGCGACAGCAUAGCCUUGGUGUACAACUUUUGACGGGAUGGUGUUUUUUUCUUUCUUUCACAUGUCUGUAACUUAUUUAAUCGCCAGGAGAGUUUUUC